AUGCCACACGGUGUGUUGCAACAGCGCGCAAUGACGAAACGCGUGCACAUCGGACAAGGGACCAGGAAACAAAGCGGGAAGGUGUAUUGCGGUGCGACAUCAAUUCUUCGUUCCAGUGACAAAAGUGGCCUCAUCACCCCACCCCAACAAAAUGGAGGAGAAGAAUCCCCUCCACCAGAAAAAGAGCGAGCUGACCAGGAAGACACGGAGAAGAGUCACUCAGGCCCCGUGCCACACCAGGCUGAGGGUCCCAAUGACGACCUCUAUGCGAUACCGGUGAAACUGAGACCGAAAAAAGAACUUCAGUUGCCACCGGGAUGGGAAAAGCAUGAGGAUCACGACGGUCCGUACUACUGGCAUAUAAAAAGUGGAACAAUCCAGAGAGAGAUACCAAAAAUGCCACCGGUCGAAGCUAAAGAAUCCAGAAUCUCCAUGGUUCGAGACUGCUCUAACCUAUCAGAGGUGGCGAAGUACGACAACGUCAUGACCUCUUCAGUGACCAGAAGUACCACCAGUGGGGCUUUAGACCACGUCGAUCAGGAUACUGAGAGGAAGAGGAAAGAAGAGAUGUCUUACAAGCGUCGCAGCUUCCCUGCCCGUCCAGAACCAGACAACGGGCGCGCAGUCAGGUUUUUUGUUCGUUCGCUGGGUUGGGUGGAGAUCUCUGAAGCCGACCUUACGCCGGAGCGAUCUAGUCGCGCUGUCAACAAAUGCAUUGUGGACCUCAGUCUUGGUCGGAAUGACUUGCUCGACCAAGUUGGCCGUUGGGGUGACGGCAAAGAUCUUUUCAUGGAUCUGGACGACGGCGCUUUGAAGUUAAUUGACCCAGAAAGCCUGACCACACUUCACACCCAGCCAAUACAUACCAUUCGCGUUUGGGGAGUGGGCCGAGAUAACGGACGUGAAAGGGACUUCGCGUAUGUGGCACGCGACCGCGUGACGCGUAAGCACAUGUGCCAUGUGUUCCGCUGCGAGGCUCCGGCGCGCAGUAUUGCCAACGCGCUGCGCGACAUCUGUAAGCGCAUCAUGAUCGAGCGAAGUCUGCAGGCCCCGCCGCGUCCCACUGACUUACCCGCUGCUAGGCGUCCGCGCCCGCUCUCCGUUCUUACAGGGGCGUCGUUCCCGACGCCAAUGGAAGAGCCACGUAAGACAGUUCGGGCGCGGUACCUGGGCAGUGCAGAGGUCUCAAGGGCCACUGGCAUGGACGUGUUGAAUGACGCGCUAGAUCGGCUCGCUGCAGCGCGUGCGCCGUCGCAGUGGCGGCCUGUAGCGGUUGCCGUUGCGCCUUCUAUGAUCACUAUUACCGAAGAAGGGGUAAGAUCUUUUAUAU